AUGCGACAACGCACGAAUCCACACAUCCAGCUGCUUCCUAUCAUAGAACGUCAACGCAAUCGUACUGAGCGUACUUCCUUCAUGACCCGAAGUCCACGUCAGAUUAAUCACGAAAUCAUCUGCAAAAUGGAUUACAUCCAAAGUAAGAAAACGAAGUCAGUCGUCGAGAAGACACAGAAGAAAAGCCCCCGAAAGGCACGGACGGGAGAAACAUAUGUGUACAUACCAAUAUCCAGCCGAGACACGUGUACAAUCUCCGCCAGCGAAAUAGCACGCAACGUAUUGCAGAACCAAGAUCCCAUUGUUUACCGGGAUUACAAGUUCGGAGCUCAUGGGAUGAAAGGAAAGCAGAAGAGCCUUCUUCCAUAUGUUGUUGGAACCGGAAGAAUUCUGGAAUUGUGUGCGGAAAAUGUUGUCAAGGGACGAGUUCACCGAGCGAAAGGCACUCCGGGUUUAGAUGCGCAUAUGCUAGGUGUGCGGGACAUAGAGCAUCAAAUACCGGAGUAG